UGAUUGUUUUGAACGUGUGUCUGCUAAUAAUUUAUUUUCAAAAAAUGCGAACGGGAGUUAUUGAUGAAAUGCAGGAAAAUCAGCUCUCUGACGAAGAUUAUGUGAUUUACCGGACAAAAAAUAGCCAGAAACAGGAUGCUGCCACGGCAAAAGCUUGGAUGAUAACAGCCAAAACAUUGUUCCCGCGAAAUUUUGCUGUUCAGCUUGAGGCAUAUACUACUCAAAAAUCUGCCAACAAUCCCAAAGAAGCUGCCAGAUACUUUUCCAGCUUAUUCUUUGAUUUUCCAAAUGAGGCUGAAUUAUGGGAAGAGGUGCAGCAUAUCACAUGUGCCCUACAGAAAGCCAAUGGCAACCUAAUAUCUCAGUUUCAUCGUGACAUGUUUUCGCACAUGCUUACAGAAGUGCAGCAUCAGCUAUUACUUGCUAUGGCUGAAAGGGCAGAAGAUACAUUGGAACAUUGUCGACUAAUGCUAGUUUUAUUGUCCAUGCUACCACAAUUUGUUGACACUCAUGGAAAAAAAUUAGCGGAUACUUUGCUGACAAGUGAAAAGCAUAGCCACUACCAGACUCCUGUUAAUUGCUUUAGGAAACUGUUGGUAGUAGACUUGCUACCAACAUUGCUUAGCUCCAGGACAAUUGAUGUCCCUCAAAAACAAUUGUACAGACUUAUCUUGAAAUCAGUUGAUUUCUAUGUCAGCUGGUUUGCCAGUGGGUCAACAUUAAUUCAGGGAGUGGAAGACUCUGAACUAAAAGCAGAGGAAGCUUGGACAAAUCUUUUUAAAAUAAUGUUUUCCAUGGGCCGAAAACUGGGUUGGGAACUCAGUUCCAUGUUUAGUAUCAACAACCGAGAGCUGAUGUGCCAAAACCUUUGGUCUUUCUACCAUUCCACACCGCUCGGGGGGGAAGACAGUCCAAACUUUCGCCAGUUAAUAUACUGUACUACAGUGGUGCUAGUGGAAUCGCUGUAUGAGUAUGUAAGGAAAAUAAAUCCUCUAAGCUUUCAAAUUCCAAAUCAAGGAAACAAGAUAGAUUAUACACCUUUAUUACUUGUACCUGCAAUUCUCCCUAGUAGUAAUAUUGACCAAGAGCCUGCAUUGAAACGUCGGAAGGAUGAUAGUUCCAGCUCAUAUUCAACAUUGCACGUGACUGUGACAAAAGGAUGCCAUGUUCCAACUGCAACCACUUUGUUAUCAAGCUUCUUAACUGCAGUUAGUUGCUGGGAACUUCUUCAACAGACGGAAGAACUACGCAGCGAAUUUGCAAAAAUUUGCAGUCACCUGCGCACAGAGACGUGGCUCUGGUUACCCAGUUUCGUUGCAGAUGUUCUUCUAUAUCAAGGGCUAUAUUCGGAAGCCUUGACAAAGUUGCAAUCUUUGAGUUCAGCCUUACUUAAUCCACAAUCGUUGCUUUUGAAAUCAGCAGGCAUUUCUUUUUGUCUAAGAAAUAAUUUUGCUGCCACAGAACAAAUUCUACAUGUUAUUGCAGAUUUGUCAGCAGAAAGCAGUGAUCCAUCAGCUCAUCCGAUUAUUAUUCCUUGCUCUACGAGUCCCCACGGAAAGCCACCAUUACAUUUUAUGGCGCUGAACCACACAGAAAUCGUACAGUAUUCUGUUAGCCUUCUGGUGGCAUGCUUUCGGGAUCAAGCUCUCAGGAAUGGCAACUGCGAUUUCGCUAUGGGUCAUCUUAUCGUUUUACUUCAGUAUGAUUGGCCGAACAAUGCAAGCCUACUAGAGGAAAGCUUAGAAAAAAUUCGGCGACAAGGACAGUUUACCUAUAAGCUUUUUUCUUCCUACGUAAUUCAAGUUGACAUUCUGGAAGAAAUAGCGUUUCUGGUUACGGAUCAAGGUGGAGCCAUUAAUAUGGACAUUUUUCCUCCUUCCGCCACACAGCUAGCCACGCAAAGGAGAAUGACGACUCGAAGAGGAGAUUUGGGUGCCAGAGAGGACUUCCGCGCGGCAAUGAAACGGCAAAUGAGUCGAAGUCAAGAAAAUAUACAUAAUCUCAUCAUACAAUUUAUGAUCCGUGAAAGAGAAGCCAUAUUACAAGCUAUGAAAGUUUAAAAAACCGAAUCGUGUAUGCAUAAAAUAAAACCGUAAAUUUAUACACUUCAA